AUCUAUGUGUCCGUCGUGUGCGGACAAUGCCCACUAUUAGCGGAUUAUAAUCCGCAAAAAGAGCAGCUACACCCACACAAUCUAUAAUCCGUCGAGUGGCACCCACAACAGACUUCCUAACCGGCUCUAAUCUUCAAGCAACAUCAGUGUUGUCGAGAACGAUGGCAUCCCUCGUGCAGAUGCACAAAACGGGUCCACAUAUCAAAAAGAGAAAAUCAAGAAAUCCGCUCAAUGGAAAUCCUUUCGCCAAGGGUGUGAUACUAAAAACCUUGAUCAGAAAACCCAAGAAGCCGAACUCCGCUAACCGUAAAUGCGUGCUCGUGCGUCUCUCCAGCGGGCGAGAGAUGAUCGCCUACGUGCCGGGCAUCGGACACAACCUGCAGGAACACAAUAUCGUGCUCGUUAGAGUCGGCAGAGUUAAAGAUUGUCCCGGUGUGAAGCUGAAAUGCGUCCGAGGUAAAUUCGACUUGCCGCACGUCAUCAAGCAGAAAGUAUAGUAGUCUGUUAUAUCCAGUUGUGUAAGAGUUAAAGAGUGUCCCGGUGUGAAGCUGAAAUGCGUCCGAGGUAAAUUCGACUUG